UUUCUCAUUGAAACCAAAGAAAGAGAGAUAUGGGAAGCAAUGGCUAUCUUCCACUUUUCGAAACCAGGCUUGCCAAUGGCCUCCUCUUCUUUCGACUCUAUGCAGCUUCCAUAUUCAUCACCGUCUUCUUCAUUUGUUUCUAUCGACUCACCUAUUUUCCACUCCAACAAGGCAACCCAGAGCUUGUCUUGGUUCGGAAUGUUCCUUGCUGAACUCUGGUUCGGUUUUUACUUCUCCAUCACUGUUGUUGUUAGAUGGAACACUGUCUUUCGUUCCACAUUCAAGAACAGGCUCUCUUCCAGGUAUGUUGAAGAAACUUUGCCGGGAGUAUACAUUUUUGUUUGCACGGCAGACCCCGUGAUAGAGCCACCGACAAUGGUGAUCAAUACGGUGCUAUCGGUUAUGGCCUAUGACUACCCAUCUUAGAAGCUGAGUGUGUAUCUGUCCGAUGAUGGCUGCUCCGAUCUAACGUUCUAUGCUUUGUUAGAAGCUGCACGUUUUUCCCAGACAUGGCUGCCGUUUUACAGGAAGCUAAAAGUAGAACCGAGGUCGCCGGAGAUUUAUUU